AUGACAACUGCAGUUCAGAAUUUCAAUGCUAUUGAUGGUGGACAAAUGCUAGAGAAUGGAAUUAAAAAAGGAGCCCAGACUAAUGUGCUCGUUCAACGAAAACCCAUUGAACCCGAAGCGCAUGAAGAAAUGAAAGCACCACCCGAAAUUCCGCAUGUUGAUUUCAACCAGCUAUCACUAGCUCUUUUAUUGCGAAACCUCACUGUUUUCGCAAUGAAGGAAAUUACGCAAUUUAUGAAGACAAAUGAAGGUCCCGGUCAGACACAAGAAUCUGGAAGCCCUCGCAAGGCGUCUUUCCUGCAAUUGGUGGUGUACUUGAGAAACCAAUUCUUGAGAAUUUACGUUCUGAUUAAAUGGUGCCGCACAAUCAAGUGUAAUAACUUCAGCACAAUGAUUGACUUAUUGAACUGGUUUCGGGGGUCAAAUAUGGGGGUCAAUAGUUGUAUAUGGGCUUUGAAGAACAAUCUCGUGAGCAUGGCCGACGCCAAGCUGCCUAAUCCGGAUCUCGCAACCGCUCUUGAAGUUUUGACUCUGGGCCGGCCCAACUUGUCAACGUACAAUUUGCGACUGAGCGGAGAAGAUGAGCGCACAGGAAGCAGUACGUCCAAGAUACCGCCAAAACUCAUUUUGAAAAAGCUUCAUGACCUCAAUACGAUCUUGUCGAUAAAGAUUUCCCUUGCCGACAUUCCUGAAGAGUUUCAUCAUUACACGGUCAAGGAUGGAAGGGUAAUCAUUAGGGUGGAAAAUGAGUUCGAACUUGAACUGUCUACGAUAAAUCAAAGCGCACCUUUUUUCUUUGUGGAUCUAAGACUUUUAUUCAAGGAAAAUUUACCGCUAAACAAAUUUCGAAUGGAGAAAGUCAUUAACGAGGUGCUUUUUAAAAACUCCAACCCUCUUGCGUCAGUCUACUUGUUGCUGCACAACUAUGUUCAAACGCUUCAGAUAUACAUGAUUCACGUGGAACUACAAGAUCUAGAAUCGAAGGGCAAAUAUUCGGGGGGCAACCUAAUACAUAAUUAUGACUCGAAGACCAAUUGCAUUACUUUGAAGUAUUGGCUCCAAAGCAGGCUGAGCAAUAAGUGCACUGCUCUGGUAGGUGUUGAGCAAGCUUCUAACACCAUUGUUUUAAAAACGGAACUAUUGCGAAAGACAGAGGGUUCUGGUCCAAUGCCAAACUGCUACACUAAUCUCCUGGGAAAUAUGGAGAAUGUUCUGAAUGAAAUAACUUUCAAUCACUCCCAAGUGAUAAAAAGCGACCUUAUUUCCACGGGUGUGUUUGAGGAAGAUGACGAAAAUGUAGAUGUUUUCCUUUUCCAGGUUCCAACUACGUCGGUAGCAAUUGCCCCAAUACAGCUCAAAAUAAAUCUAAUAAGCGGUGUUUUUUACGCUAAGAAUCCAAGUCCUUUGCUUCUUUUCUACAUGCAUCAAAUCAAUAACAGCAGCAACACCCAGGAACUUAUUUAUGCGCUUGGGAGGCUAAAAUUGGACAAAAUAUCGCAAGUGCUGCGUAAUAUGUUCGAAAAAACUGGAUGGGUUUGUAACCGUGUGAUAAAACUUUCAAACCCAAUUUCAAACGCUUCCUUAAAAGACCAAGAGAUGGUCUUAUCCCAGGAUUUAUUCGUUCGUCUCAAGAAUUGGCCUAUAAACUGGUAUCUGAUUGUGGGUGUCAUUUCAUCGAACACGUCUUGCCUCCUUGAAAUGAGAAUUGGAAAAAUCAAAGCAGAUAAAGGCUCUUGGGAACUAAAAUAUGUGGAUCAGAGCAAUGUUACCGUCUCAAAACUCGAGGCGAUGUCAUACCAGAAAGUACUUCAAUUAAAGAAGACUAUUUUACAAAAAAUUGUGAACCAUAUGAUUAUAGACUCUUUGAAUGAGUCGGGCACCGAAAACAAAAUAGUAUCGGGUGACCAGUUGGGCAGUCUCCCUGAUUUCAUCUAUUCAAAAUCGUCAUCGACUAACAGUUCUCUAAUAGCCAUAAAGCUGACGUCGUUUCUUAAUAACAGAGAUGUCGAGAAUAUUUUAGAGGACAUUAUGAUGUUGACGCUCGAUUAUGACCGUUCUGUUGUCUGCAUGUUCGGAAAGUUUAAAGGAAAUAUCAAAAUCACAAGGUAUCAGUGUAAGGAGUUGCCAGUCGAAUUUAAUGACAAGAGUCCGCUCUCAUUUUGUUUGUCAGAAUCUUACGACAAUUUAAGCAACAUAGUUCAAUGCUUAUGCAAAUUCAAGCAAAAGCUUACGCAAUUACUGGUUUUAACAAAUAUCAUUGAGAGACUGCAUACCAUCUUCCAGACAGAAACUUUCAACAUCACUAAUUUGAGGCCAAAUGAAAUCUGCUUCAAAUACUUGGAAAAAGUCGAGCAAAGUUAUGACUGUGCUAUUGACAUUGUAACAAAUGAAAGUGGUGUUGAGAAACUAGGGGUGCGUCUGUCUCCUUCCAAUUUUCAAAACAUUAUCCAAACUUUCAUAGAUGAGGGACGGUACGAUUAUUUUUUCAUCUUCAAUUACCUUCAAUUCACGUCCAGCUUUUUCGAGGUGGUUGGCAACAUCACCUCACAACAUAGUGAAGGAAACAAUUUCGAGACAGUUUCUUUACAAAUGCAUAAUCUUUCCGAAUACGAGCUUGUUUAUCACAACCCAGAGACUAACGGGAAAGUCAUCCUAAUUUUUGAGUUGCGGAAUGUACUCCACAAUGGGUGCAAGCAACUACAAUACUAUAUCCACUUCUCUGAAGAUGAAAAAAUAAUCGCGACCAGCCCAAUAUAUCCACUAUUACAUGAAGUGAGAAAUAGAGUCUUCAUGAUAGAUUCUUCAAUGUUAGGCGAGGAAAGUUCGGCGAACUCUAUUGGGCGAACUACAUCCGCCAUACGACUCAAUGACGGCGUUUGUUGUGAUUCUAAUGAAAUUGGUGCUCUUGUUCAGCAAAUCAAUCAAAUUUUAAAUUCUGGUUAA